ACAUAUCUCAAAUUUCCCAUCUUUUUCUCAAGUUUCAUUGCAUUUCGUUAUUUUACGUGCUUAAUUACCCUAUCUCCCAAUUCGUUUCAUGCCAAAUUCACGCUUUUUUAGCUCGUUUUGAUUUUCAACCUGCUGUUCUAGCUUAACUGCAGGGAGCUGAGUUGGAAGGUUGUCAAAGCCUAUCUGCACCACGUCAUCUGUAAUUAUCAUAUAUAGCAUAUUGAACUGUGUCAAAGUCUGCAGUACAAUAUUCGUCCAUUCUUCAGCUACUAGGGAAACCUUCUUGGUCAUUUUGAUCAAAAAAUGGCUCUUCCUGGUUCCCUGCAGCUGUCCCAUGGAUGGAACCUCGGCUGCAAUAAACAUCCGAGGGUAACAGGAAGAUGCAAGUUAGAUUUAUUAAGAGCAGGUCUUUCGUAUCCUGUAUCGUUCAUAAAACAGGACUACAGCGGUUUUCAACAACUUCGACAUAUAAACAGGUCAACACAUACAUUGUCUUGCAAACCCCGCUCUUUUAAGUGUCAUUGUUUUAUAGUGCCAUGCGGACCAAGCAAGCUUCCUGCCGUUAAGGUGGCUGCGACAGUGCUGACAAGGUGCUGUAAUGUCUUACAAAAUAGUCCAGUCGUUGUAAAUUUGAUUCCUGCUGUUGGCAUUAUCAUUUUUGCAAUAUGGGGUGUUGGCCCAUUAAUGUUUCAGACAAGGAAACUGCUUUUUCAGAGGAGUGAUAAUAGUUGGAAGAAAAGUACCACUCAUUAUAUAGUAACUUCUUACCUUCGGCCAUUGCUGUUAUGGACUGGAGCCAUAUUUAUUUGCAGAGCAUUGGAACCAGUUAUUCUACCUACAGAAUCUGGUCAGGUUGUCAAGGAACGGCUUCUGCAUUUUGUCAGAUCAUUGUCGACUGUACUGGCCUUCGCCUAUUGUUUAUCAAGUGUAAUUCAACAAGCACAGAAAUUUGUAGCAGAGAGUACUGAUGCAAGUGAGACGACGAGAAACAUGGGAUUCCAAUUUGCAGGCAAAGCUCUUUACUCUGCAGUAUGGGUUGCUGCCUUUUCAUUGUUCAUGGAAUUGCUGGGAUUCUCAACCCAGAAAUGGGUUACUGCAGGAGGUCUUGGGACAGUUUUGUUGACUCUUGCUGGUCGUGAGAUAUUUACAAACUUCCUUUCAAGUGCGAUGAUUCAUGCCACUCGGCCUUUUGUGGUUAAUGAGUGGAUUCAGACCAAGAUAGAAGGAUAUGAGGUUUCUGGUACUGUCGAGCAUGUUGGCUGGUGGUCACCAACAAUUAUAAGAGGUGAAGAUCGUGAAGCAGUACACAUUCCAAACCACAAAUUUACAGUGAAUGUCGUGCGGAACCUCAGUCAAAAAACACAUUGGCGAAUCAAAACCCACCUAGCCAUUAGUCAUUUGGAUGUAAAUAAGAUUAAUAACAUUGUUGCUGACAUGCGGAAAGUAUUGGCCAAAAACCCUCAAGUUGAGCAGCAGAGGUUACACAGGAGAGUGUUUUUAGACAACGUACAUACUGAAAAUCAGGCUCUCAUGAUUCUGAUUUCUUGUUUCGUCAAAACCUCACAUUUUGAAGAAUAUUUGUGUGUAAAGGAAGCCAUACUUCUGGAUCUUCUUAGAGUCAUCGGCCAUCACCGGGCCCGACUCGCAACACCAGUCCGUACUCUGCAGAAAAUAUACAGUGAUGUUGACUUAGACAACAUACCAUAUGCAGAUUCCACAUUUAAUGGAGCAGUAUCUAAGCGUCCAUUAUUAAUGAUCGAAUCGCCUUACAAGAUCAGUACAGAUGAGAAGACGAAAAGUCGAUCAGCACGAGCAGCUGUUGAUCAAGAUAGCAAAACAGCUGCGCGAACCAAUCUUGACACGAUUGGACCAACAGGAGUACCAGAUAACAAGGUUAGAGAAACUCAAGAGGUGGAUACCAAAGUAAUGGCAUCUACUAAUUCUGAUGCAAAUGGAAACUCUAUGACUGCUGUGACACCCAGACCUGAUCCUGAAGUGGGUGAAAACAAGCGACUGAAAUCAAAUUCAAACAAAGCAAAUCUAGAUGUGUCAGAUAUAUCUUCUAACUCUGAAUUAGAUAAUUCAACCCAGAAGGACAUCCAUGCCAAACAAUCCAAGGGUCAGACCAUGAAAAACGUCAAGUCGAACGUCGACUCUGACAAUCUAGUUUCAUCUACAUCAACUAACAAUGCUGACAAAGCUGGUGGACUUCAUACGAAUAUUCCGGCAAAACAGCAAGGAGAAAAGAAACCUGCUGCACAGCCUCAUGCAUCUAGGAGUGUUCUAGAAGAUAAUAUAGUACUUGGUGUUGCAUUGGAUGGAUCGAAGAGGACUCUUCCCAUUGAUGAGGGGAGUGACACUGACACGGUGACAGCACAAGAGGCCAAGGAAAUGGCUGCAUUCCAGGGUGGAAAUGGAUCUCCAAAGGCCGCGGAUGGGAAUGGCAAGUAAGAUUGUUGUUGCACCAAAUGCAAUAUCUAGUCAUCAGUGAGUUCAAGUUGCUAGUUGUUUGAAGGCUUAAUGUUCCAAGUUCAGUACACUUUGGACCAGUUUCCCAGCUGUAUAUAUUAUCACUUCAUGUAUCAUACACCCCUUCUUACAAAGGUCUUGAGCUUUAUUGCCAUAUCAAUUCAUUAUUUUUGCUGUUUCAGCAAGACAUGGAAAAGGAAAAUUUCUUCAAUGAUUAGAUUAUACAGUCAAUUUGGCUA